GAAUGCAUUCUUAUUAAUGUUUAAAGAGAAAUAUUCUGAGUAACUUUAUACAGAUGCGUUUGCUUUUAUCAUCUGAUUCUGAGUAAGAAAAAUGUUGCUUUUUAGCUCUUUUGUGAAUUGCACUUAGACCAUUUUUUUAUUAUUUUGACAUUUACAACAGAGUGAUGAUGUUUUUACCACUCAAUAAUUAUAAUAAAUAAAUAAAUAUUUUUUUUUUUGUAACCACUGUUUAGAAUCUUAAUUUGCUGAUAUCUUGAAUAUCUGACCAAGUGUCUGCAAAUAGGUAAUUUUGCAAAAACGUUUUAUGUUAAAUAGGAAAAAAAGCCAAGUUAUUUUUUCCCUUGACAAAUAACUUUAUUUAUUUAUUUGUUUUCGUUUGUUUGUUUGUUUAUUGUCCUUUGAUAACCCACAAUGCAUUGGGCUACAAAUGGUUCUACCCGCGCGGCGUCAGUUGCUGUGACAACUGCCCUUGAAAAAAAAAAAAAAAAAAAAAAACUUUCGGAGCUACUCUGUCAUUCCACAGUUAUUGAACAAUGAUCAUCAUGAAAUCUGAAACUUUAAACUGUCUAGCUGAGGACGCAAGCCGUCAAACUAUCGUUGUAGGAGGUGGAUCAGCAGACAUUGAGUGGAUUGAGAGCCUAACAACCUCCACAAGUCCAAUUUUUGGAAGAGUCAACGUUGUUCAACUUGAAGACAAAGCCAGCUUCGCCCUGACAGUGGUCAAUGAAAACCAGGACAUUGUGGCCCAUGCUGUCUUCGUCGAUCAUCCCAUUGGAGACUUGGUGGAUCAGGCCCAGUGGGAACAGUUUCUGCACAAACACUUCAGCUCCCCACAAUGCACAUCUUUGAAUACACUGUUCCUUCACCUUUUUGUGGCACGAGAAGAUUUUGCCACCACUACAGUACAUACGAUAAUGAGAACUGCCUUCCACGUAGUCCCUGAAGUUGAAUACAUUUGUCUGGUUAGCCCAAAUGUUGCUGAGCUAGAACCAGCACUCCAGGUGAUAUUCGACCCAUUUCAGAGCCGGACUGACUCUGCUCUGCAGUGCCUGGCGUGUUUUUGCUGCAGAGAAAAGAUCUAUCCACAAGUUCACAUGCGUCCAUUCAGGGCUUCAGAUCUUAACGAAGUAAUGGACAUAAUUGAUGGGGAGACUGCUUCAUCAUCUGAUUCCAUUGAGUUAGAGAGCGAGCACUGUCACGCUAUUACUGUUGAGGCUGAUAAAGCUGUUGUUGGCUUCAUCAAAGUCAGUGAUGUCAUCGACAUAUAUAAUCUAGAGAUACUUGAUCAUUUUGAUCUGAGGCAGUUCAAGGGUUUUUACAAAAUACAAGAGAAGCAGGCUGAGGCGGCAGCUGCUUACCUGAGUGGAGAAGAACAAGAACCAAGUUCCACGUUAGAGGAGCAGAGAGAGACACAGAUGACUGAAGCGCCAUCUAAGAAGUACAACGCUUUUUGUAUAAGGUUCUUUCUUACCAAGAAGAGGUUCAAUCUGAGGUCAGUGGACUGUAUCCAAUACAUGUUCCAGCUUUUCCCUGAUCUUGACUACUGCAUCUUCACCUUUGACCUAUCCUGCGCUGAGUUUGGGUUCUUGCAGAACUUCUUACGGGUCCCAACAGAACCAACCAAUCUAUCACCCUGUGCACUAUACAUCUUCCACCGUUCUGGUCUUGGGUUUGUUGACAUGAGGGUGGGGGUGAGAAAAGCUGUGGAUUCUGACCGGGCUGCUGUUUCUGAUCUGGUAAAGGAUCUCAACUGUAACAAGUCCCUCCUGCAGGACUUGGAUUCCUUCUACAAUGACCCAGUUUCUGUGAUGCUGCAGGCCUAUGUUGCUCAGAUGGACAGUCAGAUUGUUGGGAUACUUAUAGUCAAAGAUGAGCAGGAUGUUGACUACCUCCGUGCACACUACAACAUAGACAACUACAUCCAAUUCAGCCAGUAUCGCUCUGAGGAGCACGUGCACAUUCGCCACUUUGUCCUCAAACCUUUCCUCGGACUCUUGAGCAAGCACUUCUUCAAAGAGGUGCUGCGGCUGGCUCACAAAUCCUGCCUGUACUACAGAACGUACCCCCGUCACUGCAGCCACCAGGAUUCCUGUGUGGAUCCGUUGGAUUUUGUCCUGAACUAUGCCGUCCCUAUUAGCCCGCGGAAGCAGAUCAUCUACCCACUGGAGGAGCUUGGCAACGAUGCCCCAUCUAUACGACUAACAGAGGAGCAGGCACCGUUUGCUCUCAGUCUGAUCCGCAGAAAGUUUCUAGUGCAGCCAAGACGUAACAUCAACACCAGGAUUGUAGUGGUGGGGGCAUCGGACACAGGUUUAUCUUUCCUUGAGACACUUUGCUUGCGUCCUAAACUGAAGUUCAACAACCUGGCCCUAGUUUCAACACAUGGUUUCCCUGGUGACUGUGACCACAACGACAUGGGAUUUUUAUCCACAAGUCAUGCAUACAACAGCAAAGACUUGGCUUUGAUUCAUUCCAACAUAAAUGUGGUGAAGGGGAAGAUGGUGAGCAUUAACAGGAAAUCCAAGUACGUCUUGGUGUCUGGUGUUGGGAAGGUGCCUUACAACUACCUGAUUCUUUGCACAGGACUGCAGUACAGUGUACCCAAUGUCACUGUUGAGAACGUUAGCAAUCCCAGCAAUGACCAGCUGCAACCACAACCGACUGAACAGACCAACCCAGGAGUCGUCCCAUCCAACCUCUUCACACUCAACAAUGUUCACGACUGCAUGGCUGCUCGCCACUGGCUGUGUGCCAACUUCCUUGAUCAGAAAGACAAUGCAAUCAUAUACGGAGACAACAUAGAUGUCUACAUUUCUGUGGAGACGCUGCUAAGUCUUGGUAUUCCAGGAGCUCGUAUUCAUCUAGUCCUCCCUCCUCCUGAGCCUGCCGUCUGUACCUUCCCAAAUUCAGUGGUAGAAAACGCUGUAGCAGCAGCCUUGAAGGUUGCAAACGUGCAUGUCCACCGCGACUUUGUGCUGGCUCAGAUGAACAGUGAUGAACACCCUGAUCGUCUCACAUCAGUGACUUUUACAAAGGACUCUGAACCUCUCCAUCUUCAGUGUGGAGUGUUUCUCAAUCUUUCUGGUAAAGAAAUUGACUGUGAUGUUCUGGAGAGCAUCCAAAAAUCCCUUCUACUCUCCGAUGACAGACUAGUAAUAAGAGCAACUUUUCUCACCACCGACUCUUCCAUUUAUGGAGCUGGACCUCUCACCAGGUUCUCCCACUGGUACCACUCAGAUGAAUGGUCACAUGCAAAUUUUAACUCCAAGGAAGUGGGUCAGGAUCUGGCAGAGACAUUACUGUCCAAGCUGGAUGCAAUUGUGGAGAAUCUGGAAGAAGAAUCCCCUGUAGAAGGUCGUCUCAUACCAAUCUACAAACAAGCCAAAAUUCAAGCCGGCAAACUUCCUGGAGGAUUCAACUUCCUCCAUGUGACCAAACCCUCUCCUACAACCGCGAGACGUCCUUUUACACCUACCACUCAGAUUGUGACAGGAGGCGUGAAGACAGGCAACUACUUCUGCAUAGAGCUUGAUUGCAAUGGUUUGGUGGAGACGAUCAUUUGUUUGUCCCUGGAGCCCCUCCCCAUCUCUAAUUAUCUCACUUUGUAUGGGAAGCAUGAGAAGCUCCUUGGCCAAAUGUUGAGGCGCUACAGACAAGGCUUGCUCCAGGACCUGUACAGGACACCGGGAGUCAGAGAGUGACUGAGGAAGACUCAGACAGCAGCCCCCCUGGCAGUUUUCUUGAUGCUGAGGGCCGAGCCACUGUGAGGAACGUCACUCAGAGAUUUCUGGCCAACAACAAAGACCUGCU